GGAUAAAAAGAAAACACAUUGUGCGUCCUAUAACAAACAGCUAGUCAGUAAACUGCAUAGGAGGAGUCUAAACUGUGUCCCAAUCUGAGCCUGAGCCGGGGCUGGUUGGCAGACGAGGAGAGAGGAUCGUGAGAAAACUGGGAAGUCAGCGGUGUUCAAAUUAACGGGAUCUACCUCUGAAGAGCGAGAAUGAGGGACGGAUUGUCGAUUGUAAGCCGGUCCGGUCAGCCCAACCCUGUCAGUCCAGGGUGGGUUCGUCCCAAAUAGAAACCAGUUGACUCUCAUCUGUUGGCUUCUCCUCCGUCGGGCGGCAAUGUCCGCUUUCUACCUAGACCUGCAGACGUCUGCCGGGGUUUCAGCACCACUAGAGCUGGACAGCGACUGCUUAGAGCCCCGUACGAGCCCCACGAAACAUCCGGGGCAGCCGCUGCGGCACACCGGCUCCGGAGGCCUCGGCAUGGCCUUGGAAGAGGAACUGGCCAUGCUUUCUGGUGAGAGGGGCGACGAAGGGGGACUGUCGGACGUGGAGAUGCCUGCGGUGGGGCACAACGCAGACCUGCUGUCGCUCUUCCGUCAAAAGGAGAAAGACUUGGUUUUAGCUGCUAAACUCGGCAAAGCGCUGCUGGAGAGAAACCAAGACUUGACCAAGCAAUAUGAGAAAAUGCACAAAGAUCUCAACGAGAAAUUAGAGCACUUGGAGCAGGAGAAGCAUGAGCUGCGUCGGCGUCUGGAGAGUCGAGAGGGGGAGUGGGAGGGCCGCGUGGCAGAGCUGGAGACUGACAUCCUGCAUCUGCAGGGUGAGCUGGAGCGCCACCAGGUCCAGCUGAGAGACACCGACAGGGACAAGACGAAGGCCAUCGGGGAACUCUCGGAACAGAAUCACAGACUGCUGGAGCAACUCAGUAGGGCUGCAGAGGUGGAGAGGCAGCUGUCCACUCAGGUCAAUUCAUUACGGGACGACUUCAGGGAGAAGAGUAUGUCUACAAGCCAGCACAUGACACGACUUGAGACUCUACAGGCUGAGCAAGGGCUAGAAAUUAAGAUGCUGUCCGAGAGGAAGAUGGAGCUAGAACACCGCGUACACGCCAUGCUGGAGGAGAACGAGCUGCUGCAGAACACAGUGGAUGACCUCCGAGAGAGGACGCUCGUGUUGGAGAGGCAGUGUCAUCAGAAGGACCUACAGUUACGGCAGAACCAGCAGGAGCUCCAGGAGGUGCAGGUGUCCCACAGACAGCUGAGCGCUCGGCUGGAGGACCUAACAGAAGAACACAGCCUCCACAGCCUCACCCCGAACCCAUCCAGCCUGCUGUGUGAGAUCGAACAGAGCAUGGAGCAGGAGGAGCAGGAGCAGGAGAGGGAACAGAUGCGUCUCCAGCUUUGGGAGGCCUACUGUGAAGUCCGCUCGCUGUGCUCCCAUCUCCGGGGAAAUGACGUCACAGACUCAGCGCUGUCAACCGACUCUUCCAUGGACGAGUCCUCGGAGACGUCCUCAGCCAAGGAUGUGCCUACUGGAAGCCUCCACACCAGCCUGCUAGAGCUGCGGAGAUUAACACAGAAUCUGCUGGACGGCAACGAGUCCACGGGCUCGAGGAGAAGUGAUGAGGAGGCUCUGGAGGAGCAAGUGAGGAAGCUAGGAGAGGAGCUGAGGGAAGUCCGAGAGCUGUACGAAGCCGAGCACGACAAAACACGCAGUAACGAAGAGGAGACGCUACAGCUACACAAUCAGAUGGCGCUGCUCUCUGUAGAAACGCGCUCUCUCCAGGAGGAAAACGAGCGGAUGAAGACGAUGGCUGAACUCCGAGAACCAAGCGAGCAGCUACAGAGUGCUAUCAGAGACAGAGACGACGCCAUAGCCAAGAAGAAAGCUGUGGAGAUGGAACUGGCCAAGUGUAAAAUAGACAUCAUGUCUCUGAACAGCCAGCUCCUGGACGCCAUCCAGCAGAAGCUCAACCUCUCGCAGCAGCUGGAAGCUUGGCAGGACGAUAUGCACAGAGUCAUUGACCAGCAGUUGAUGGACAAGUACCAGGACGAGUGGCGCUCGGCCCCUUCUUCGCUGUCAGGGGCGUCCAGGGCCCACGGCGGUCAGUCCUCCAGGCGAGCUCACCGAAUCUCAGACCGGGACAGGAGACUUUUCUCUUUUUUCAAAAAGAGCUGAGGCCCAUUGGACCGGCCUGAGCGCAGCAGCAGAGAGGCGGAGACGGACGAGGAGGAGGGACAGUACAGGGGGAACACCGUAGCCAAAGACGGGCAGUGACACACCCACUGAGGUUUGGGGGGGGGGGUCAUAUUGCACUUUAUCUGUCCCAUUACUUGUCUCUGCUGACAGUGAGAGAUAGAUGUAUAUGAAUAGAACUUCCCCAGAGGCUUUGGCUUCAGCUACUCUUCUAGAAAGCGAGCGGUCUUACAGAACGUGAACAGGGUCACAACAUUUACCUCCAGAGAGGACGUAGUGCCUACAACCAUCUGUACUAAGCCCACUGCCAACGAUGUAGAGGGAACACACUCCCAGUUAUCAGGCCAAAGAGUCUGGGGAAAGACGGGUGGGGGGGGUCAGGGACCUUACAGGAUUAUGGACAUGUUGAAGCCAGCCCACAUGUGAUCUCUCAGGUUUAUUCAUUUGUUCAGGAGCUUCAUAAAGGUUAGCUGUAUACAGAACCAAAGGGUUUCAUGUUAGACCACAACCACAGGAUCUAAACUUCCAGUCAGCGUCAGAGAAAGGACCUUUUUCACACCAACUAAAAAUGCACUUUCAUAACAUUUGGGGACCUGAGUAGCUUAUGUUCAUGCAAUGUUUCACUAAUCUAUAUUUUUUUUCUAAAACAAUGGAUCUAUAAGGUUUCCCUGUGAGAUUACACAUGACAAAACAUGUGAAGAGGUGUUCAUUCAUAAUGAAAUCUACAGACAGUGAUAAGCCUCUCCCAGGAGUUCUUCGCAGGUUCAGCUUUUAUUCAGACAGUUAAGCUCUAGUGUUGCUGCUUUCCCCAACCUGAGUCAGCAACUUUCAGUUUAAUGAAUCAGUUGAACUUGAAGGUUUUCCUCAAGAGCAUAGUGAGUGAAGUGUAUGUAACAACUAAAGAAAAAAACUGAUUUGAUUCAACUUUGUUUAAGUUUGAUAAGCUGCCGAUGCUGUUUACAUUACAGGUCCAGUCAGUAAGAUGUGUAGAGAGUGAAAUGAUAAAAUGAUCUUACUAUCUGAUCAGACAUUAAUGAAACA